GACAGUCUGCAUUGCGACUCCCCUGGGAAAAGGGCAUUUAUGCUGAAAUCUUCAGUGGGAGUGAGCUUCCGAAGAUGCCUUCUUUACCUGUUCCUGCAGUUUUACCUGCCGGCGAUGUCACUAGGCCAGGGGAUAGUCGCGAGAAGGUGUUGAAGCAUUCAUCCGACCCUUUGCAGAAAUUCGACAGGGCCGUCUUUAAGCAGUGCAUCAAGAAGUCAUCUGUUGCGGCUGGUGGACGGUCUAACACUGACAGGGAAGCUGUUUAUCGACGGAAAGAGCACGAGUACAUUGCUCAAGAGGGUUCGUUUCGUGGCCAGAAUGCUUACUUGGGUACGGUGCUGGAGUUUUCCUAUUUCAGAUUUACAGCCGGGCGAGAGUUUCUGAUAUCAGGGCUUCGGGAUCACUCCUGGGGCUUGCAGUUCCUUGAUGUUGCGAAGCAAGUGGGACUAGACCUACGAGGAGGGCUGCUGUUGCGUGCAUUGGGUGAUUCCUUCAAGGCCCGUCCGUUAAGAGAGCUACAGGAAUGCAUUGGGCUCAUCAAGCGGCAAGUUUUCCAUCCAGACUCUACCCGUAGCGGCAUGUUCAGGUCUGUGGAGCAGUCUGAGCAAGUUGCCAGUGGUAGUGAUGCUCUCGAGGAUGCGGCUAAGCAGUUCAUCGCAGCGGUCCCGGCUGAGACACCUAUGGAGCUCGGCACACUUGGUGAGGACGAGAGAAAGCAAUCAGACUUAGAUGCCUUCGAGGGUUGCGAUGACGGUGGUGAGCUCCAGGCGGCUUCAAGUGAGUCGGGUUCAAGCACCACGAGUUCUUCGGGGUCCUCUGAUGAAGCUGUUGAUGCGUAUGAGAGUUUUUCGGAAGGGAGGGUUCUGGAUAAAGUCAUCCCACCUCUGGGUGUUGAAGUGGACUUGGAUGUUUUCCAGAACCCAAAGACCAGAUCGUUGCAUACGCGGGCUAAAGGUUCGCAGGGGCCCUUGAUGUGUGGUCGUAAGACCGAGGGCAUGAAUCUUUUUUCCGGAAAGGUCUUCAGCAAGCAUUGGAUUUGCAAGCAGUGUGAGCAGGCACGACCUUUGAGGGACCGGAAGCAUCAGCGUGAUGUCCUGCAGAUUUUGUUCAGCAUCACCGGCGAAUCCUGGGACCAGGGUCAUUGCGUGGAUCCUCGGGGCGAGGGCUAUGGGCCUGCAUCGUCCUUAGCAGACAUGGCGGUGCCUCUGACUGAGUCCAAAGCUGUUUUCACAGAACAUUGUGAGUUGGCGGGGCUACCUGGUGCCACCAGGGAUGUGCUUGUCUGCAAGAAUUUGAAUACCUUGGCUAGCCUGGCAUUUGCAGCGGGACAGCCGGGCGAGACGCCCACCGAUGCUGCUCUAACCUCGCUGGCGCGUGCAGGGGAUGAAGAAGUUCCGAUUGCGACAUUGGCAUCGCUGAGGCGCCUCGUCUUCGAGGCUCAGUUGCUCAUGACUGCACAGGUCAAGCAGCUCAUCGAGCAGCGAUCCGACGAUCAGAAGGCCGAGUUAGCAUCGGCCGAGAGGACCGAGAGGAUUAAAACGACAAGCCGAGCUGAAUUGAGGCUUGACAAACCCAAAAAGGAAUUGGAUGUCGUGAACUCGAAGAUCACCUUGAAGGAUCAGGUUGUCGAUCUUCAGUGCCAGCUGAGUACUCCGCUGUGCCUCCAUCAUUCUCUUCAUCGGCGAGCCCUAGCGAUGGACCUCGUAGGGAUUUGCAGUUAUCAUGUGAUCAUGGAGUUCCAUGAGUAUUUGAUGUCGCACCUCACAGUGGAACCACCGCCGGGUUACAAUCACGUCACCAUACAUCAGGUUUUGUCUGCAGAUCGUGCAGCAUGGCUUCGCCUGGCGGAGAAGCUCCCCAAAGGCCUUCGAGCUGGAACCGAUGGCAAGCUUCCACUUGACCUCGAGUUGCCGUUGCUUCAGGGGGAUAAGUGGUCACGCACAAAGCGCGGGGUUCCGAUCUGUUGGGCUUUCAACACCGAGGACCUGCAGGUUUUCCUUGAUCGGGCGAAGGCCCGUGUGGCAGGAGUUUCGAUUGAGUCGCUUUUCGGCGUGGAG